CAUCACCAUUACCAACCCAUGAAGCCUUCUCAUUCUUCUCUCUCUCUUUCUCUCUAAACACACAUCGAUCAUUUACCUAUAUAGCUUUAUCUCUUGUAAGGUUCCACUAGAUCCAUUUAAUCCAUUUUGUUUUUGCUAAAACUAGAUGAAAAUGAGGAAGCCGGAUCUAAUGGGGAAAGAUCAUAGCGGCAGACUACUUCAAGUGAACAAUAACAAUGUUAUUAAUAAGUCGACCAACAACAAGCUUCGAAAGGGAUUAUGGUCUCCUGAAGAAGAUGAGAAACUCAUCAACUACAUGUUAACCAAUGGACAAGGAUGCUGGAGUGAUAUUGCUAGAAAUGCUGGCCUUCAAAGAUGUGGCAAGAGUUGUCGUCUUCGUUGGAUCAAUUACUUGAGACCUGACCUCAAGCGUGGCGCCUUCUCCCCUCAAGAAGAAGAGCUUAUCAUCCAUCUGCAUUCCAUUCUUGGCAACAGGUGGUCUCAAAUUGCGGCACGUCUUCCAGGAAGGACAGACAACGAAAUUAAGAAUUUUUGGAACUCCACGUUAAAGAAAAGAUUGAAAAACAACAACCCUCCAUUAACAACCUCACCAAAUGACAGUGAAAAUUCAUCGGAUCAUCAUCAUCAUCACCAUCAGGCUAGUGUUGUUACAGCAGGUGGAGGGAUGACGAUCCCCAUGCAUGACCAUGAUAUCAUGGCCAUUUGCAUGGACUCAUCAUCAUCAUCAUCCGCUGCCUCCAUCCAAACCAUGGUCACACCAAACAACAACCAGUUAAUGGAGCCUUUCUCUAUGCUUGAGAUUAAUCGCUAUGAUAUGACACCUUGUUUAUUCAAUGUGCCUCCUUCAUGUGGUGAAAAUUACAUGGGAGAGAGAUUGUUUUAUGGGGAUUAUGGGAUGUUAGAGCCAAGUAAAAUGGGAUUAGAAGGAGACCUUUCGCUUCCUCCACUUGAGAGUAGAUCGAGUGGUGAAGAGAAUAAUAUUAAUGCUGCCAAAAACAACAUUAAUAUUGACAUGAAAAGCCACAACAACAACUUCUACUACAAUAAUAAUUCUUGCUUCAAUGAUACAACUUCUGCUCAGCAAGGGUUUAAAGGAGGAGACAUUUGUGGGUUAGAAAAUAAUUGGCAAGGAGAAAACCUGAGGGUUGGAGAAUGGGAUUUCGAGGGUUUGAUGGACAAUUUAUCUUCCCUUCCUUAUCUUGAUUUCCAAGUUGAAUAAUUUGGUCUCUCCUUAAUUUCAAACCUUCUCUUUUCUGGAUUGCGCACUCUAUAUUUUACGUCCCAGGAAAUUUUGGGCGAUCAUUCUUUUCAAUUAAAACAUGUCAAACUCUUUCAGCUUUGCUUUCACUUUGUUAUCUCAAAAACUCUUUCUUUUUGGCCUCUUCUCAUAAAGAUUGACGAUCUCAAGGUCCUGCAAUAAGAAUUGCAAAGUGGAGAUAAGUUUCUGAGAAGGGAGAUGUGAAUAGAGAGGUAUAUAGAAAACUAUAAAGUGUUAAACAAUAAAGAUUAGUUGGUGAGUUGUAGUUUUAUGUACAAAUUAAUGGAAAUAAUUUGGAGGUGGGGCGGUUUGUAGUGGGAAACGAAAAGGAUGUUACACAAAUUUAUGUAAACAAAUGCAUGCUAAUAAAAGCAAAUUCAUAAAUUUCUUUCC